GCGUUACGUGCGGGCGCACUACGGGGGCCAAGGAAGGAAGAAAUGUGGUCGCGGUUGGUGUCGCUGGGCCUUCGGGCCCCUGUGGGCGGGCGCCAGGGCUUCACCUCCAAGGUGGAUCCUCAGGGCAGUGGCCGGAUCACGGUCCAGGUGAUCGAGCACCUGGAGCGUCUAGCGCUUGUGGACUUCGGCAGCCGCGAGGCAGUGGCGCGACUGGAGAAAGCUAUCGCCUUCGCCGACCGGCUACGCGCCGUGGACACUGACGGGGUGGAGCCCAUGGAGUCGGUCCUGGAGGACAGAUGUCUAUACCUGAGAUCCGACAAUGUGGUAGAAGGCAAUUGUGCUGAUGAAUUACUACAAAACUCCCAUCGAGUCGUGGAGGAGUAUUUUGUGGCCCCCCCAGGUAAUAUCUCUUUGCCAAAGCUGGAUGAACAAGAGCCAUUCCCACACAGCUGAGUAGCUCAUUCUGGAAAGGGGGUAUUCUGUGGCCAUGUGGAAGCACAAUGACGGUAUUUUCUUACUGUGAACACUAAUGUUCCUGCUUUUUUCAGUCACCUGAAAAAAUGGAUGCUCAAGCAUUUCUUAACACAUUCUUCUGAAGACACAAUUGGGAAAGAUCUGGCCCCAAAAUGAGUUCCUAUGCUAACUGAGGUGAAAGGAAAGCGAAAGUCAGCUUCCAGGGAAUUCACUUAACAAGACUAUUCAGUAUGGAAGACAUUAUUUAUCUGCCUUUAAUUCCCCCAAAAGGACUGUUUCAACUGCAUGAAAGUGUCUUCUAUCUACGUAACUGGUAGAUGGAGCAUCUUGAUCACUAUAUGACAACCCUGGCUGUCAUUUUUAGUUGCCAUCUGCAGUGAUUUGAGCAGCCCUAUUUUUACCAAACAUACCUGAAUUUGUUCCUGGGCUCCCACUCUCUUCCUAGAAAAGGGCUACCUUCCUACUAAGGUCUGAAGAGUGUUCAAAAUAGACUAGAGCUUGGGAACGCCUAAUCUAGAACUAUCUGCCAUCCCACAAAGUGAUUAUAUGCCAAAGGGAUACUAGUCAUACAUAGUGUUUCUCUUCUGAAAAGAGAACUUAUCCUAAAAUUAACCCUGGGUCUGGGAAAAAGGAGCCCUCUCCCCGCCCCAAAAUGAUUAUUAAAUUGAGAUAAGUCCAAGAUAAAACUCAGGGCCGGGCGCGGUGGGUGGCUCAAGCCUGUAAUCCCAGCACUUUGGGAGGCCAAGACAGGCGGAUCACGAGGUCAGGAGAUCGAGACCAUCCUAGCUAACACGGUGAAACCCCGUCUCUACUAAAAAAUACAAAAAACUAGCCGGGCGAGGUGGCGGGCACCUGUAGUCCCAGCUACUUGGGAGGCUGAGGCAGGAGAAUAGCGUAAACUCGGGAGGUGGAGCUUGCAGUGAGCUGAGAUCCGGUCACUGCACUCCAGCCCGGGCGACAGAGCGAGACUCCGUCUCAAAAAAAAAAAAAAAAACAAAAACAAAAAAACUCAGGAUACCAAGGAUAAAUGAAACUUAUUUAGGGAUAAAAGCGAUAGAAUCAGAGUUUUUCCUCUAACCAAACUGCCAAAGUUGGUUUUGGCUAAGAAUUUCCCAAUAAUAUUUACGUUGUCAUUUUUUCAGUUUUCUGAGACAGGGCCUCACUCUGUCACCCAGACUGGAGUGCAGUGGUGUGAUCACAGAUAAUUUGCAGCCUCCUGGGCUCAAGUGAUCCUCCCGCCUCAGCCUCCUAAGUAACUGGGACUAUGUAUGUGCAUCACCACGUCCAGUUAAUUGUUUUUUUAAGUAGAGAUGGGGUCUUGCUGUGUUGACUAUCUGCUCUUGAACUCCUGGCCUCAAGGGAUCCUCUGGCAUGCGUUGGCCUCCCAAAGUGCUGGGAUCACAGGCAUAAGCCACCGUGUGUUUAUUUUUCCCAUUCCCUUCCUUUAUCUGCAAUGCUUUUUUCUUCAGGGCAGCCUAAUUUACAAGCUUGGCCUUGAAUUAAAAGAGAACCCAGAACCCGCUCUUUGAGUUUACAUUCUCAAACCAGUAUCAGCAACUAUCCAUCCCCAUAUAAAUAAAGUUAUCUACCCCUGCUCCUUACUAACUGGGUACAAGUUAUGAUUACAACUCAGUGAUUUUUGAAAUUACUGUGCCUAUUUUGUGAAAUCUGUGUACUUAAUCAAGGACAACCACACAUGUCAAUUACUAAACGUUUAAAAUAUAUUUCUAAACAGAAUGGGCCGACUCAGUCACAGUAACUGUUGAUCUCCAUAGUAGAGCAACCCACAAAGACAGAACUGAUUUUUUUCCCAUAAUCAGGGGUGAAAAAUAUACAACUUGUUUCUUAACCAAAACCACAAUUUCUGCAGUUUAAAAUGUUUCACUGCUAAUAUGGCCCUGGUAGAAAUUAUGUAGGUUUUUUUUUUUUUUCUUUAAAAAAAAAAAAUUAAAAAAAUUUCCUAAGACACUAAAUCCUCAAUCUGGAAUGUAGAUUCUGAGCACAAAGCAGCUCAGUUAACCUAAAAAA